GUGAUUUUGUUUUCCUUUUUCUUACGAACUUUUUCUAUCUUUCGCAUAUACUGUAUCAAACAGACCCUUUUCUUACCCCCUUUUUUUUACUUUUGGUGUAAAUUUUGGUUUUAGGUCAAUACUCUAGCAUAUAACGCGGCAAUAUAUAUAAUUUCCCAAGUGCCAAGGAAAAACAAAGUAAUCAAGAAGUUCGGAAUUCACAUCUGAAAAAACCAAAAAUACAGCUCAAGAAAAUGACACAACUAUGGCGGACCUCGAGGAGGGGUCUGUCCUUGCUUUAUAUUACGCUAUUGUUCAUAACUUUAUUAAAAGGAGUUAUGGCACAAACUAUUCAAAGGACUGGAUUCGAUAAAACUCCUACCAAGUUCUUUUAUUUCAAAGAUUCUCAGGUAAUUCUUUGGCUUGAUGCUGCUUCACAUACCCUUUAUCGAACAGAAAAUCAAGGAAGAAGUUGGGAUAAAGUAACUGAUAUCGGAAGAGAUGAAGCAAAUUUUGUUUAUGAACAUCCAUUCGACGCAGAUAGAGCUUAUGUAUUAGGAAAGAAUAAAAGACAUUGGAAGACAACCGACAAAGGAAAGACAUGGCAAGAGUUCUCCACACCAGUUGAACCCGCUACUAUUGGCCCUCAUUUGUCAUUCCAUGCUGAAAGACCCGGUUAUGUCUUAUUUACGGGUUUCAAAUGUAAAUUGGGAUCUUGGACUGGUGUGGAUUGUCAUCAAGAGACACAUUACACACUUAACAAUUUCGAGGAAAUCACAUUGCUGCGUACACAUACCGCCAAUUGUAUUUGGAGUCUUUCAAGCGCCCGUUUCGAAAAUGCGCCCGUAAAAGAAAUCAUGUGUGUCGAAUCUUCCAAAAAGACAGGUUUAACCAGUAUAUUAAACCCUGAUGAAUUUCGCCUGGUUCAAACCGAAGAUUUUUUCCACACCGAACAAGUUGUUGAUUUUAAUACCGGUAGAGACAUUAAGGGUGUCAUCGAUGUUAGCGCUGUCAACCGGUUUAUUGUGGCCGUUGUUAAGCCAUUCCCUGAAAAACCCGAUAUGAUUUUUUACAUCUCGCAGGAUGGCGAAUCAUGGCACGAAGCUAUAUUUCCUGAAGGUGCUAAUUUGCAUGAAAAAUCAUUUACCAUUGUAGAGAGUCCCGGAUCUUCUUUAUUUGUGGACGUUUUAGGUGGCGGUACCAGUCAGUUUGGCUCUUUGUAUAAGUCCAAUUCAAAUGGUACCUUCUUUAUCAAAAGUUUAGAGAACACCAACAGAAAUAUGAUGGGUUUCGUUGAUUUUGAGCGUAUUCAAGGCGUUGAAGGUAUUUUGAUCGCCAAUAUCAUCGCAAAUCCUAGACAGGUCGAAUCUCAAAUGGAUCACAAAGAAAUUCGUACACGCAUGAGUUUUGAUGACGGUGCCAGUUGGAAGCAGAUUAGAGUUGUAAAGGAUACGAAUGGUAAUGACAUGAGAUGUUCAGAAAGAGAGUGUUCUCUUCAUCUCCACUCUGUUACAUCUAACCAUAACAUCGGUCAAGUAUCAUCUUCUGAAUCAGCCGUCGGAGUAAUGAUGGGCGUAGGAAACUACGGCGCCAAUUUACUUGAAUACGAUGAAUGUGACACUUUCUUAUCCACUGAUAGUGGUAUCACUUGGAAAAUGGUACGAGAAGGUGCUCAUAAGUAUGAAUUCGGUGAUAUGGGUACUUUGCUUGUCCUUGUUGAUGAUGAGAAAGAAACUGAUCAUGUUUGGUGGAGUAAGAACCGUGGUGAUACCUGGGAAAAACUUAAUAUCGGUAUUUCCGUACGUGCCAGAAUGUUGACGACCGACCCCGAAUCCUCCUCUCGUAAUUUCUUAUUGGUCGGCAGUUCAGUGCGUUCAUCUGAUCAAAAUGUUCAUGCCAUUCAUCUCGAAUUUGCCAGCGUCUUCUCUCGUCAAUGCCAAUUGAUUGAAAAUGAUGAUAACAAGAGUGAUUUUGAAAAAUGGUAUGCCCGUGAUAUCACCGACGGCCCUGAUUGUUUGAUGGGUCAUGAACAAAUGUUCUAUCGUCGAAAGUCUGACCGUGAUUGUUUUGUCGGUCUUGAAUUUAAAGAUCCUGUUGUUGAAUUGAAGGAUUGUCCUUGUUCUCGUGCCGAUUACGAAUGCGACUAUAACUUUUUAAGCAAUCCCAAUGGAGAAUGUACGCGUAUUGGACCAGAUCUUAUCUCUGAAGAUGUGUGUAAGUCAAAGGAUGAUUAUUAUCCUGGAUCAAGUGGCUAUCGUCUUAUUCCAGGAAACACUUGCAGACUUGGCAGUGGAAAGGCAUUGGAUGAGCCUAUUGAUCGCAGAUGUGGUGAUAAUGUCGGUGGUAUUAUGCCUUCUCCUUCAAAGGGUAGCGGUAACAACGAUUUGGCUAAACCAUCCGAUGACACUAUUUCCAAAUACACCAUUGUAUUCAAGGAUGAAAUUGAACAAUUCAUCUACUUCCGUAAUUCAGAAACUAUCUUGGUCCGUCUCCAAAAUGGCGAAUUAUGGCGAUCUGGCAAUCAAGGAGUUAAAUGGACUCAAGUACUUGAAAAUGUAGGUCGUAUCACCAACGUUAUUUUGCAUGAAUUCGAUGAUAAGCGUGCGUAUGCGCUCCUCGAAGACGGACUUCAUAUUACUGAAGAUGAAGGUGCUAACUGGCGUUCUGUCAAAGUGUCUUUGCCCCCUAGCCGUCGUGUCAGCAGUGUAUUAGAUUUCCAUCCUCAGGAAAAGAACUGGUUAAUUUAUAUUGGUCAAUCCAAUGAUCCCGAACCUCACUCUGAAGCAUAUAUCUCUCGUGACCACGGUAACAGUUGGGGUAAUCUCGACUUGUAUGUCGAAAAGUGUAUCUUUGGUCGUGAUUCCAAGUUUGAAAUUGAAAAGGAGACCAUUUUCUGUUCUGCCUACGACAAGAAAGAUAUCGGAGGCGACUUAAGAUUGUUGCGUACCACUGACUGGGGAACCACCACUACUUCUUACUUUGAUAAUGUAGUAGAGUUUUUUGUUGUGGAAGAUUUCAUGGCUGUUGCUUCUAGUAACAAGGGAGAUCUUACUUUGUUUGUCAGUAUCAACGGCAAGGACUUUGUUGAGGCUCAAUUUCCUCCUGAUCAAUACAUUAACCGAAACACAUUCACUGUAUUGCAAUCCACCACACACUCUAUCUUAUUGAAUGUUUUCAAAUCUACAGGAUUCGGAACGGCCUAUGGUUCUCUUUAUAAAUCCAACGAAAACGGUACCUUUUAUCACUUAUCUCUUGAUAACACGAACGGUGAUGGGCUCGGUUUUGUUGAUUUCGAAAAGAUCCAAAGUGUCGAUGGCAUCAUUCUUGCCAACCAAGUUUGGAACGCAGAUGAAUUAGUGGGUGGUCCUGACAGGGUCAAGAAAGUGCGUACAAUGAUUAGUUGGGACGAUGGAGGAAUCUGGCAGCCAUUGACACCACCUAAUUCCUAUGACUGUUCUACCAAAGAGUGUACUCUCAAUCUGCAUAGUCGUAGUGAUAUUCAUGGUCCCGGUGCUAUUUAUUCCUCUAGUAGUGCACCUGGUCUUGCUAUGGGUGUUGGUAAUGUCGGUGCUUCCAUGAACGCCUAUACUGAAAGUGAUACAUUUUUAACGCGUGAUGGUGGCCAUAACUGGAUCCAAAUCCAAGAAGGUGAGCAUCUGUACGAAUUUGGUGAUCAAGGAUCUAUCUUGGUCUUAAUCCGCGAUGAAGGACCCACCAAUGAACUUUUGUACUCUUGGGAUCAAGGAGAAACAUGGCACUUUUACAAGUUUUCCGAAGAUCCUGUUCGUGUCAGCACUUUAACAACCGAUCCUAAAUCUUCCACGCUUAGAUUUGUCAUUAUUGGUCAUAGCCGUGCAUCCGAUCGCUCCCAGUUUAUCACCACAGUUGACUUUUCCGAUGUCAAGCAGCGUAAAUGUGUGAUUGAUAAGAGAAACGAAGAUAAGAGUGACUUUGAGCGUUGGAUUCCUAAAGAUGAUGAUGGAGAUGACUCUUGUCUCUUGGGUAAGAAGACCGCUUAUUGGCGUCGUAAGAGAGAUCGUGUCUGUAUUGUUCAAGCUCAGUUCCAAGAGCCCGAAGUGGUUGUUGAAAACUGUGAAUGCCGCGAUAUUGAUUUCGAGUGUGAUUUUGGGUUCUGGCGUAACAAGGAGAACGAAUGUGUCUUCAAGGGUCGUCAUCCAGAUAGACCUGCUAAAUGUCCCCCUGGUCAAACUUUCAGAGGUAGAUCCGGAUACAAGAAAAACACCAAGAGUUCUUGUUCUCGUGGUAUCAACCUUGAGGAUCAAAAGGAGUGGGAUUGUGGAGAAAGUGGCGGUAUCGUCUCCAGCUAUACUGAAUUUACCGAUCGUGUUGUCGACUAUGUUUACUUUACCGAUACAGACCGUGUUGUAGUCCGAACUCAAGAUGGUAAGAUUUGGAGAAGUGAUAACGAUGGUUUCAGUUGGAAGGAGCUCUUCCCUGGUCACAAGGUGGUAGCAAUCUAUCAAAACUCUCACUUUGAUCAACGUGCUUUCUUUAUCACUACGUCCAAUACUCAUUUUGUUACAAGUGAUAAAGCAUCUAGCUUCGAAGAGAUCCGUACACCUUUAGCACCUUUGAAUAUACUUCAAGGUACUGUCAUGAAUUUCCAUAACGAUGAUCCUGAUUAUGUGAUAUUUAUGGGCGAGAAGGACUGUUCCGGUCUUGCCGCCAACUGUCACUCUGAAGCAUUCUACUCUCGCGAUAACGGUCGUAGCUGGGCAUCUCUUGGUACAUACAUGCGUAGCUGUAUGUGGGGAAGAGAGGGCGCUAUUAUCUCUACCCACCGUAAUUCCAUCUUUUGUGAGCAAUAUCGCGAACAAUCCGGUAACCAAAUGGGUCUCUAUGGUAAUGCUCUUCAAUUCGUCUCUUCGCAAAACUAUUUCCACGAUAAGAAAGUCUUGUUUGAUGAUAUCGUCGGUGUUACCGUGUUUGGAAAGUUUAUGGUAAUUGCUGCCUCCAAAAAUGGAGGUGCUAACCUCCGUUUGCAUGUCAGUCUGGAUGGUUCAACAUUUGCCGCUGCAUCGUUCCCUGCUUCCUUCGAUUUGUCUCCCGAGGCAUUUACUAUUAUGGAAUCUGCCAACUCCAUGUGGAUUCAUGUCUCCACAAAUACACACAGAGGUAGCGAAUACGGUACUAUCUUUACAUCAAACUCCAAUGGCACUUAUUAUGUCAGCUCUUUGGAGAACGCAAACCGUAACGAAAUGGGCAUUGUCGAUUUCGAGAAAAUGCAGGGUAUUGAAGGAAUCGCUAUUGCUAAUGUGGUGAAAAACCCAGGCCAAGCCAAUAAGGGUGACCCCAAAAAGUUAGUGACACGUAAGACGGCUGAUGCAGGUGGACACUGGAACGCUUUGACCCCUCCUCAAAAAGAUAGCAAAGGACAAUCAUAUGAUUGCAUAGGUGAAGAUUGUGCUUUACAGUUACAUUGUUACUCCGAACGUCAAAAUGCUCGUGAUCUGUUUAGUUUAUCCAGCGCUGUUGGGUUGAUGGUAGGUGUGGGUAAUGUUGGAGCCAGUCUUUCUCCCUACCGUGAUGGUGAUAUGUUUUUGACUCGCGAUGCUGGUAAGACCUGGACUGAAAUUGAAAAGGGAGCUCAUCUUUGGGAAUUUGCCGAUCAAGGAGCCUUACUGAUUUUGGUCGAUAAUGAACAACCCACCAACUUUGUAAAGUUCACUACAAACGAAGGUUUGGGAUGGGGAACCUAUGAAUUUGCUAAAAGAGGUGAAAAGGUGCUUAUUGAAGAUAUUAUUACGCAACCCGAUGGUACCAGUCAAAAAUACGUCUUGUUUGGUAUUAAGAAUGGAAAAUCCGUUGCUUAUCAUUUGGAUUUCAGUAAUCUUCAUCCUACUAAAUGUAUCUUGGAUUUCGAUCGUCCCAAUGAUGAUGAUUUUGAAUUAUGGAGUCCUGAGGAUACGAGAGGUGAGAAAUGUUUGUUUGGUCGUGAGACACAGUAUUUCCGUCGUAUCCAGGAUCGUGAUUGUUAUAUUGGUGAGAAGUUAGUACAGCCAAGAGAAAUUGUUCGUAAUUGUACCUGUACUGAAGAAGAUUAUGAAUGUGACUUCAACUAUGUACGUGAUUCUAAUAACAAGUGUGUAUUGGUACCUGGACUUCAACCAUUAAUACCUGUCUGUGACGGUACUACCGAAUUCUAUUAUACUUCUUCUGGAUAUCGCAAGAUCGCAGCUUCCACUUGUCAAGGAGGUAACGAAUUAGACAAGUUAGGAGAUAAAAUGUAUUGUCCUGGUGUAAGUCGUUCCGGUCAUGGAUGGGCUGCCUUUGUUUUCGCUCCCAUCCUUGGUGCUGGUCUAGUAUUUGGUGCUCUUCAAUAUCGUAAACGUGGUGGAUUUGGUCGCAUUCGUCUUCCUGAUGGUACUCAACAAAUGGGCUCUAACAUCCUUGCCAGCCCUAUUUUUACCAAGAUGGUAGCAGCCGCAUUUGUAAUCCCUGUAGCCAUUAUUGGUCUUUUGUCUCGUAUAUCUAUUCCACGAUCACUAUCUGACCUUGACUUUAGUGGUGUUCGUUUACCUUCCUUCAUGUCUAGAAGACGUGGAUCUGGCUAUAGUCCGCUAGGUCAAGAUGAACAUACCGAUGUUUUAUUAGAAGAUUAUGAUGGGUCAGAAGAACGUUUGAUUGACGAAGCUGACGAAUUUGAUGAUGCCGACGAGUUUUAAUGAUUAAUAAACUUUUUUUUUUGUUAUUAUUU